CCACCACCAUCUCCCUUCCUUCGCGCUCUGCUGUUCCCGGACGCUCCCUGGCUCUUCGCACGACCUGCGCCUAGCUCCUGCAGUGCCCUUCGGCCACACUGCUCCGCCGCCCGCUUGCCCGAUCGCAGAUCAGCUGCGCAGGCUCGCGCUGCGCACAAGCCAUCGUCUCGUCGUCGCGUGACGCUCCGUGCUGCCUCGGCGCCGCGGCGCUGCGUGUCUGCCCAGCAUGGCUAAGGUCCAGCUGCCGUCGCCGUUCGACUUGCCGGCAACAUGGGCGUACCUGGAGGGCGGCGUGUCCAUCAUGAUGACGCGCCUGACCGAGGGCAUGAGCUACCAGCGCUACAUGGAGCUCUACACCGUCGCCUACAACCACUGCACCUCGAGUCGCAUGAAUGCACCUUCGGACAGCCUGGGCAGCUCGGGACGAGCUGCUGGAGCGAAUCUGAUGGGCGCUGAGCUGUACGACCGGCUGAGCAAGUACUUUGUCUCACAUCUCCGGACCGUCGCAGCUGGUGCGGAUGACCUGACAGAUGAGGCCCUGCUGCGCUACUACGUCGCAGAGUGGGACCGCUACACGACGGGCGCCAACUUUGUGCACCGUCUCUUUGCGUAUCUGAACCGUCACUGGGUGCGGCGCGAGAAGGAGGAGGGCAAGAAGGACACGCACGUCGUGUACACUCUGGCGCUCGUGCAGUGGAAGACACAUAUGUUUGCGGCGGUACAGAAGAAGGGACGCCUGGUGGCGGCGCUGCUGAAGCAGAUUGAGAAGCAGCGUAACGGAGAGACCAUCGAGACGAGCCUGGUCAAGAAGGUGGUGGACUCAUUAGUCUCGCUGGGCCUGGACGAGUCGGACAGCACGCGGCAAAACCUGGACGUGUACCGCAAUGAGUUUGAGCGUCCCUUCCUCGUGGCCACCGAGAUCUACUACAAGGCCGAGAGCGAGACGUUCAUUGCGGAGAACAGCGUGACGGACUACAUGCGCAAGGCCGAGGCACGCCUGCGCGAGGAGGAGAGCCGCGUGGAGAUGUAUCUGCAUGCCACGACGAAGCGCCAGCUGGUGCAGACGUGCGACGCCGUGCUGGUGCGGGGCCACGCGCAGAUGAUGUGGGACGAGUUCCAGUCGCUGCUGGACCUGGCGAAGACGGAUGACCUCUGGCGCAUGUACAACCUCCUCUUCCGCAUCUCCGACGGCCUGGAGCCAUUGCGAGAGAAGUUCGAGCUGCACGUCAAGCGCGUGGGCCUGGCGGCAGUCGAGAAGGUGGCAGGCGAGAGCGCGGAUGCAGUCGAUGCGGCGGCGUACGUCAGUGCUCUGCUCUCGGUGCAUGCCAGCAGCCUGGAGAUGGUGCAGGCGGCGUUCCGCUCCGAAGCGGGCUUCCUGGCGGCGCUCGACAAGGCGUGCCGCGACUUUAUGAACCGCAACAAGGCGACGGGCACGAGCAACAGCAAGAGCCCCGAGCUGCUCGCAAAGCACAGCGACGGGCUGCUGAAGAAGAGCAACAAGAGCACCGAGGAGCAGGGGCUGGAGGAUGCGCUGAACCAGGUCAUGGUCGUGUUCAAGUACAUCGAGGACAAGGAUGUUUUUCAGAAGUUCUACUCCAAGAUGCUGGCCAAGCGCCUCGUCAACUUCUCGUCUGCCUCCGACGACGCCGAGGCAAGCAUGAUUGCCAAGCUCAAGGAGGCGUGCGGCUUCGAGUACACGAACAAGCUGCAGCGCAUGUUCACCGACAUGGGCCUGUCGAAGGAGCUCAACGACAGCUUCCGCGAGGUGUCGGGCAAGAACGCCGACGACGCGGGCAGCAGCAAGGGCGGCGACGUCGACUUCUACGCCCUCGUCCUCGCAAACGGCUUCUGGCCGCUCGCCGAGCCGACGACGGAGUUUGUCAUUCCCACCGAGCUGCUGGCGACGUACACGCGCUUCGAGCGCUACUAUGGCGCCAAGCACAGCGGACGGCGCCUGGCGUGGCUGUGGCAGCUGUCGAAGAACGACCUCAAGACCAACUACCUCAGCCAGAAGCUCAUCCUGCAGACGAGCGCGUACCAGAGCGCCGUGCUGCUGCAGUACAAUGCCAGCGACAGCCUGACGAUGGCCGAGCUGCACAAGGCCACGGGGCUCAACGAGGCGGCGCUCAAGGCGGCCCUCGGCCCGCUGGUCAAGAGCAAGCUGCUCGUGCAGGACGGCGACUCGUACGACAUCAACGAGGACUUCAAGUCAAAGAAGGUGCGCGUCAACCUCAACGUGCCCGUCAAGUCGGAGCAGAAGGCCGAGUCGAGCGACGUGAUGCGCACCGUCGACGAGGACCGGCGCAUGCUGCUGCAGGCCACCAUUGUCCGCAUCAUGAAGGCGCGCAAGACGCUCAAGCACACCAACCUCGUGCAGGAGGUCGUGCAGCAGGUGUCUGCGCGCUUCCAGCCCAAGGUGCCCGACAUCAAGAAGGCCAUCGACCAGCUCAUCGACAAGGAGUACCUCGAGCGCGUGGAGGGCGAGCGAGACAAGUACCAAUACCUGGCCUGAUGGGGCCCAGCAUGCUGCCGUGCCAUGCCGCCGUGCCCGCUUCUCUCUCUUCGGGCUCUUCAUCGUUUGUUUUUCCCUUCAUCCCCGUCAAGCUCUCUCGCUCGCACUUCAUCUGUCCCGU